UUUCAGAUGUUAAUUAGAAAUAUAUUAAAAAAAUAUUAUAUAUUAAUUUAAUUCAAAAUUCUCUGUGAAAAUUAAAAAAAAAAAAAUAGAAAUGGAUCGUUUGGAUUUAUCAAAAAUGGUUGAUAAGCAAAUCCGGCAGCAUUCCAAGAUUGACUAUUUCAAUUUGAAAUAUAUGAAACAAAAGCAGAAUGGAAGUGUAUCUCAUACGAAUCCAAAUGGAUCACAGCAUUCCUAUCAUCAGGGGAACAUUAAUGGGAUUUUUGCCCAUAUCUAUACCCAGCUUAGAGAGGCUAAAACAAAACCGAGGAGUGUUAUACCCCAUGUUGGAAAAUCUAAUAAAUAUAAAGCCGUUUACACCACACCGAACCCAAGUGUCACGAAGGAUGUUAUGAAAACCACGCAUGAGAAUCCAUUGAGUAAAACAUCUAAUAUUCCCCGUUUAAAAGUCCUCUGUGAUCACAAGGAAAAGAAACGUCGCCACAAUUCCAUACCAACCGUCGAUGAUGCUAAUAAUUUUGUGAGUCAAAAGCGUUUGAGUGAGCUGAAGCAACAGAAUGCCGUUUUCACUUCAAUGUUGGAAGAUCAACGCCAAAUACAACAAGAUCUCAGUACAAUUUCCAAGGAAACCUCCAGUAUGCGAAAUAAUUUAAAUGAUUUACACAAUCGCCUGAAUUGCUCAAUGAAAAUGCUGUCGCAAAACAAAACUGUAAAUGAACUGAAUUUGGCGAAUAAGGCGAAAUAAAUUAAAAUCGGAUUUAUUGAAAAUCUAAA